GUGUCUCAGUCUUCAACUUGUGAGUUUUCAAACCAUUUAUAAAACCUUAGUGAGCGUCUCCCCCCGGGAGUCCUGGACCUCACUGUCUCACUCACCUCGCUACAUCACAAGUUUAUUUGAUGAAAUUUAUUCAGGGCUGUGAAGCUGAGCUGAGUCAAGCUAAACUCAGCUAUAAGAAUUCUCUGUUGUGAAGCUGUCAUGCUAAUCCAAGCUAAGCUGAAAUCUCAGCUCUCCAGCUGUGAAGCUGACUUGUGCCAAGUUAAAUUAAGCUCUUCUGAUUCCUGCUGUACAGCUGAGCUGAGCUAAGCUGACAGUUUUAUAAACGAGCGAAGUACCAGGAGACAACACAAUGGUUGUGUUAUUUUACCAAGCUGUGUUGUGUUGUAAUAUCUUAUUUAUUGUACAUGGAGAGCAUCUUACAGUCAACUGGACUGAAGCAGGAACUAAAGGCUCAGCAGCUGAAUCUCAUUUGGAAGACCCAGCAAUGAAGCCCCUUGCUCCUUGUCCCUGUGACUUGACUUCAAACUUCUGUAAUCCCAAUUGUUGCUGUGAUAAGGACUGCUCUUCAUUUGACAAAACGUCUUUCUCGUGCCUGCAAGGUUUGGAUGGAGGUCAGUCAACAGAUAAGAUUGUGGAUAACAAUUGUAAAUAUGAAAAACCUUACUCACCAGAAUGGCAUGAUUUCUUAUGCUUUAUAACUGAGAAUAAUCCUUAUCUGGGACUCUUUUACAAACCUGAACCUUCACUUCAUGACUUUAAGAAAUACCUUUCACGGCUUAAGAGCCACACAUAUAGCUAUGAAGAUACUACUACUCGUACUCAGGAUCAACAACAGGAUCCAUAUUACGUAUUUGGAUCUCAUGUGGAAACGGUAAUACUGACAAACAAUUCAGUAGUUAGAAGCAUUUUGUCACUGCCACAGCAAAUUCUAAAUGGUUUGUGUGUGAAUAUAAUCCCUAUUCAUUUUCUUGAAGAUUUUAGCUAUGAAUGUUCUCUGGCUUUGUCAUCAGAGGUAUGUACAUCAGAGUCACGUUUAAGUGCAGCUACGUACCUUCAGAAAGCUAAUGGAAUUGUCAGAGAUCCUUAUGAAGGUUUUCCACAGGUCAUUGGGAAUCUUACUAAUUUACAGAUAAUUAAUGUCUCCGUGGAAUACACAUGCCUGCAAGAUACAUACAAAUUCAUUAAACUACAGGGCUUCAGUAUUUUUGCACAAGGAUUUCCUUCUCAGGUUGGGAAAAAAAAAGAAUAUGAGUCAGAAGAAUGUAAUGAAAAUGAUAUACCAUUUUACAAUGAAACUUCUCAGAUGUGCGAAAAUGUUGUUCUUAGUGUGGAAUACAAUAUAGGGUGGAGAGGACCAUCCAUUUCUGAAGUUAAUGCUAAAAUUAUGAUUGGAACUGUGCCAGUUUCAUUUGAGGGUCUGCAUUUAAAAUAUUUUAGUGAAUUUCAGAGAGAGUCAUUAUUAGAUGAAAAUACAGUGAUGAAAAACAAAAUUGUACGUAACACAACAAGAAAAUUCAUGGCUCCAUCUGCAAGCUCUAAACUCUCUCUCCUGCAACACUUUACAACAAGUUUCCAUCAUAUGGGAUCAUCACACACUUUAAAUGACACAGCAGAAUUACCUUUUAAAUCUGAUGAAAGUGAAAUGAAUAUCACUGAAGAAUUUGAAUACUUGCCAAGUUUAUCUGAGAGAUCUGGCAAUCCUGGAUAUGAAGUUGGCAAGCCUAUCAUAGGGGGUUAUGUUGUAUAUAACGUGAGCACAUACGAUGACAAUACUACGUCAAAGAACUUCCUCUUCAUAGAAGCAGACAAUUCAACAGGACUCUAUAUGUGGCAGCCAGAUGAAAGUGGAGGCUGCAAGACUACUCAGCUGGAAGUGGUCACUUUUGGAGUGGAUAUGAUUUCUGCAUGUCUUUAUUCCUGGAGCAAUAUGAAAAGCUGCACUGAUCUGAGAGAAAUGAUUCAGUCUGUUUUUCAGUCACUGAUCCAACUAGAGGUUGUCAGUAAGCUUGGGUGGCCAAACUUCAGAUCAGAGAAUGACUUCCUUCCUAUAAUUGUGGAUGCUUACCCAAAAAACAAUCACUCUUACAAUGCUGUCUGCCAAGUUCCAUUUUCUCUGGAGUAUAGAAUUCUUUAUCAAGACAUUAGUGAUGUUACAACUAAAAAUGCACUUUCUGUCUACCAAGUUAUAGGUGCUCACAUCAAGUAUCAUCACAAAGAAAUAUUGUUCCACUCUGAUGUAAGUGAAGGAUCUCUUUCUCUGACAACAAGUGUUACAUUCAUGAAGCAUCCUAGACCAUUAAAGCUAUCACGAUUUUGGGAAGCUAUGCAGGACCGCUGGUGCUUAGGUGGGACCUGCUGGCGUGAAAUCCUGCAGCCUUGGACCCAUGGUAACACUGAUGACAGUAUUCCAUCAGCUGAAGGUUACUACACCACUCAUGUCAUAAAUUUGGUUGCAAAUUCGGCCAUAAUUCUGCUUAUCACUCUGCCAUUGAUUAUCCUCACAAUAAGACACAGUCACUGUAUAGUAUAGUGCCUUAUGUGGGUUUGCCAAAUGUGAAUUCACUUUCAUGUGAUGCCCUAUUUCAACUGGCAACUCCUUAUGUGCUGUAUAAUUUACUUUUAUGCAGUAGUGUUGUUUACAAAAUACAGUGAAUCUUACAUCUUUGAUGAAUUCUGAGAGUCUUUCUACUCCCAGAUUACUUGUGAUUGCUACAGCUGCCAUGGGCCUGCUUUUUCUGGUUUGAAUUAAGCACUUAAACAAGUUAGUACACUAAAUAUUAAAAUGCCAGUAGUGCAGGUACAGUAAAUUGUUAGGUAUCACCAUAUCUUUACCUUUCAUAUACCUUUGUCAGGUUUUGAGAGUUUUUCUAUUCCUGCAGUCCAUUCUUAGGCCAGACUUUUCUGGUGCUUGCAUAGUCAAUCAGGUUUUUUUUUUUUUUAGUAUUAUAACUAAUGAGUUAUAGGGUACAUCUUUCAACUAACUGGCCAUAUCCCACCAAAGCGGAAUGGGCCCAAAAGAAAAGCAAAAGUUCCUCUUUUGAACUUUUAAUAAUAUAAACAGGAGAAGGGGUUACUAGCCCCUUGCUCCUUGCAUUUUAGUCGCCUCUUACGACACGCAUGGCUCACAGAGGAAGAAUUCUGUUCCACUUUCCCGUGGAGUAUAGGGUACUUUUUUUUUUUUUUUAACACAGCCAUUUCCCACCGAGGCAGGGUGACCCAAAAAGAAAGUAAAUAUAUAAAUUUAUUGAUUAAAUUGAAUUCUCAUAUUAAUAGAAUUUUCAACUUUGAAAGAAUAAAACCACUGCCUUAAAGCUACCUUGCUGGUAAGAUAUACAAUAUAGGAAUAAAGUAGAAAGGGUUGGAGAGAGGGGGUAAAGGAGGUUUUGUGGGCAAGGAGCUUGGACUUCCAGCAAGCGUGCGUGAGCGUGUUAGAUAGGAGUGAAUGGAGACGAAUGGUACUUGGGACCUGACGAUCUGUUGGAGUGUGAGCAGGGUAAUAUUUAGUGAAGGGAUUCAGGGAAACCGGUUAUUUUCAUAUAGUCGGACUUGAGUCCUGGAAAUGGGAAGUACAAUGCCUGCACUUUAAAGGAGGGGUUUGGGAUAUUGGCAGUUUGGAGGGAUAUGUUGUGUAUCUUUAUAUGUGUAUGCUUCUAGACUGUUGUAUUCUGAGCACCUCUGCAAAAACAGUGAUAAUGUGCGAGUGUGGUGAAAGUGUUGAAUGAUGAUGAAAGUAUUUUCUUUUUGGGGAUUUUCUUUCUUUUUUGGGUCACCCUGCCUCGGUGGGAGACGGCCGACUUGUUGGAAAAAAAAAAAAACUUUUUUUUUUUUUUUUUUUUUAACGUAUUGGCCGUUUCCCACCAAGGCAGGGUGGCCCGAAAAAGAAAAACUUUCACCAUCAUUCACUCCAUCACUGUCUUGCCAGAAGGGUGCUUCUCACUACAGUUUUUAAACUGCAACAUUAACACCCCUCCUUCAGAAUGCAGGCACUGUACUUCCCAUCUCUAGGACUCAAGUCCAGCCUGCCGGUUUCCCUGAAUCCCUUCAUGAAUGUCACCUUGCUCACUCCAACAGCAUGUCAAGUCCUAAAACAACAUUUGUUUUUAGGCUAAAAACAAAGUUUCACAUAAAACCUUAUGGAAGAAUGUCAGAGCUUACAGUGUGUUAUGAUGAAAUUUGUGUGACCAUAAUAUAAUGUAUAUAUGUCACUAGUGACAUGAAAUGAAAUAUUCGUGGAAUGAUCUCGACUUCAUUGGCAGUUAGCCAAGGGCAGUAAGUGAGCAUGUGAUCACUUAGUGUGGUUACUGGAGCAAAGCCAUGCUCAUGGUAGCCCAUCUUCAAUGUUUAGUUUCACUAAUUGUGAUAGAAUUCUUUUUGUAUUCAUUUAGUACCAUUUUGUCUAUCUGUGGUCUCCUGUUUUUCCUGCUGAUGUUGGUUACCAUGUGUGCUCCUUUUCUCCUUUCAGCCAACAUGAGUAUUCUCAAUGUUUCAGUUUUUUCCAUCUCAUAUUUACCAGUUUUGGAAGCCAAUUUGUAGCAUUAUUUGCAUGCACUUCUUUUUUUUUUUUUUUUUUUUUUUUUUUU